AUGACAUCUGCUAAGAUUAGCAUUAAGUUUAAUAAGCUGUUGGUUCCCACAGUUAAAGAUCCAUUGUCAACUAAGGAAUUAUUGGCUAGAGUACAAACCUUGAGUGAGGAACUUUCUAUUUUAGAUACCAUUGACAAAAGUAAACCGUUAGCACGAAUUGAGGUUGAUUUAGUUAAUAAGAAGUUACUUAAUCAUACUAGUAUUGGUGUUCAAAUCUACGUAUGUUGUUGCAUAGCUGAUAUCUUAAGGUUAAGUGCCCCAGAAGCUCCAUAUUCGGCCAACCAAUUAUCAGACAUAUUCAAAGCUUUUAUUAAGCAAUUCAAAAGAUUGUCUGAUAGCAACAAUACCUAUUUCCAACAACAUUGCUAUUUGUUGAAGCGAUUGGUUGAAGCCAAGUCGACUAUCCUUAUUACCGAUGUUCCUGAUUCUGAGGCAUUAAUCGAAUCACUUUUCCAAACUUUUUACAACUUGACUAAGCAGGAUUUCCCCAGCCAAUUAGAAACUUUGAUCAGUGACAUACUUUCAGAAGUCAUUUCCGAAGCUGAAGUUAUUCCUCACAACGUCAUCGACUUAAUAUUGAAUAAGUUCUUACUUCAUGAUGAUUCAAAGUUAAUCACCGGUAAUAUCACAUCACCCGAAUUCACAUUCUCAUUAACAAUUUGUGAGAAUAACGUCGAUAGAUUGUCAAGAUUGGUUGGUCAAUACUUUUCCGAAAUAUUAUACGAAAGCAGCACCACUGAUAAAUCUUCCACCGACUUAGUUGAACUUAUGGAGAAAUUAACCAAGAUUCAUAAAUUAUCAGUUCAACUAUGGAAAUUCAUCCCAGAGAUUCUUUCCUCAGUAAUGAGUCUACUUGAUGAUGAAUUAAAUGCUGAAGAUGAGCAAAUUAGAUUGUUGGCUACUGCCACCAUUGGGAAAAUGUUGGGAUGUAAAGAAUCUAAGUCAAAUUUCUUUGUUACCCAUAAAGAAACUUGGAUUAUUUGGUUAAAGAAAACCAGUGAUGUUUCUUCAACGGUGAGAGCAAAAUGGGUAGAGCAAUUACCCAAUAUAAUCACCAAUAACAAAUAUGUUACUUCGGAAAUAUCCUCGGCAUUAUCUACAUGUUUGCAUAAAUGUCUUGUUGAUAUUGAUGAUAAAGUGAGGGUUGGCGCUUGCCAUUCUAUAAAGGAAAUUCCGGUUGAAUUAUUUUUCAAUAAAGUAAUAACCAAGAAUAUCGUGCAAGAUUUGUUUCAAACCAUUAGGGAAAAGAAUGUCACUAUAAGAAAUGUCACUAUUGAUGUUUUGGGCAAGUUGUACAACAGUCAUAUGAACAACCGUGAAUUGUUAACUGAUGAAGAGUUGACCAAGAUGAUCGGUAACAUUCCUAACCAAAUCUUAAACCUUGUUUAUAUUAAUGAUAAGGAUAUCAAUUGUAUGGUUGACUUGUCACUUUUUGAAGCAUUAUUACCGAUUACUGAACUUGAUACUUCUAGACGAGUGAAACGUCUUGUCCAACUUUAUUCCGCAUUAGAUGAAAAGGGUAAAGAAUCAUUUAUUGCUAUUAACAAAAGACAAUCACAAUUUAGUAAAGUUUUGAACACAUUAAUCGAAACUGGUGAUAUUUUUGCUAAACUGACUUCUGUAGAAGAUAUUGACAAAUCAGUGUUUGCUAAAUUAGACAAGAUUUUGAAUUGGAUUUGUGUUUCAUUCCCUGAUGAUAGAAAUUCGUUUGUUUGUUUUGAAAGAUUGGUUAAAUUAGCAAGACCAAGGUUUUUUCAUUUAAUUAAACUUUGUAUUUCAUCCGAUUCUGAUUUUAAUACUAUAAGGAAUUCAAUGAAGGAAUUAUUCAAGAAAUUGUCAGAUUCGAAAAACAUCCAAUUACAAGGGGAAACUGCAAUCUCUACUUCCGAUAUGGUAUACAAUGUCAAACUUUUAUUAUUGAGAUCAUCAGUUUUAUGUUAUAACAAGUCCAAUGUUGAAGAAUUGAUCGAAUAUACCAAAGAUUCCACUACUGCUAAUGAAAUUCUUGAGCAAAUAUCCUUGGUUGUACCCGAUGUUUUUAAAUCCCAUAUAAGAUCAUUAGCAAGUUUAAUUAUUGAAGAAAAUACCAAAAAGUCAAAUGUUCUUAGAACCGUGUAUCAUUUUGUUAAGAAAUAUCCCGAAUGGUUCCCUAAGGAAAUUUCCUUUAUGGAAUCCUUGAAGAAGCUUGCUCAAGUUGGUACACCAAGAGAAGCCAGGUAUGCCGUGAAGAUUAUUGGAAUUUCACCCAGCAAAGAAUUAUAUUCUGCCGAGAUUGUCAAUGAAAUAUAUCCAUUAGAUCUUGAGAGUGAACACUUUUGCACUCAUUUAAGUUCAAUUGGUGAAUUAUUCAAGGCUGAUCGUUUAUCAAUCAUUGAUAAAGAAGUUGAAAUCACAGAAUUGUUAAUCAAGCAUUUGUUCCUCACCAAUAGAAACCUUGAUCGUGAACAAAUUGACAAAUUUGAAUGGAUUGAUGAAGAUGAAUUAGAUGAUAACAAGUUACAUUCAACCUUGUAUGAAAAAGUACUUGCGAUUAGAUUGUUUGUUAAUAAUUUAAAAUCAAUUGAUGAUUCAAAUUUAACUUCCGAAGAAAAGGAUAAAGCCAAGGCCAAGGCACAGCCAGUUACAAGAUUAUUAAUGUCGUUCAUUGGGAAUAAUGGUGAGAUUAUCAAUAAGAAGAAUGAAACUUAUCCUACGCCGGAACCUUAUAAACUGAAACUCAGAUUGACUGCUGGGGUUUACCUUUUGAAAUUGGCAAAGUUCCCAAUAUAUAAUGAAUUAUUCUUACCUCCAACAUUAAGAAGAAUGACCUUCUUAAUCAAUGAUAGCGAGUAUAAUGUCAGAUCCAAGUUUGUUACUUGUUUACAGGCAAAAUUGGCCAAUGAAGAAAUAUCAGAAAAGUUCUUGCCGUUAAUUUUCUUUAUUGCCAUUGAACCAAACCAUGAAUUGAAAGAAAGUGUUACAAUUUGGAUCAAUUCCAUGGUGAAAAGACUGGAGUCUAAAAACAACAUCAAAUUUGAAAAAUCAUUGAUCAGGUUAAUUCAUACAUUGGCCCACCAUGAUCAAUUCCUUACCUUGAUAGAAGAUGGUUCGAAUGAAAGUAAGGUUAACGCAUACAACUUUUCAUGUCGAUUCCUUACCUAUUUCAUUAAAUUAAUUGGGAAAUCCGAAAACAUCUCCUUGUUAUACUAUUUAUCGAGUAGAGUUAAACAAUACCGUGAUGGGUCGUUGGCUACUGCAGAAUAUGAGAAGUCGAACUUGCCAGAACAAGCCUUACAUUUGUAUAGGAUCUCGGAAUUGACUCAGUUGAUAAUUAAACAAUAUAGCGAUGAUAAGAGUUGGCCAUUGGCUACUUGGCCUGGUGGGAAGAUUAACUUGCCUAGUGAUAUUUAUGCCCCAAUGAGUUCACCAGAAGAAGCAAGAAGUAUUGUUGGCAGAGUCUUUAUUCCAGAAGAUAUCCAAGCAGAUGUAUUGAAUUCAAUCAGAAAGAAGUUACAUGGAUCGAAGAGAAAGAAUACGCCCUUGGUUUCUAGCAGUGUUCCUAAGCGUCAGAAGGUCAAGAAAACUGUCAAAACUAAAAGUCCCAGUGAACCCACCAGAAAGAGUUCUAGAAUCACCAGGGUAGAUUACAAGGAUCAACUUUCUGAUUCCGAAUAUGGGUCUUCAGAAGAUGAAAAUUAG